CAAAAUGAGAAGGAGCAGCCGGUCAAUCGAACUACUGAAUCAUCGCACAGCUGCCCGUGUGACAACUCCCCCAACAGUAUUAUCCCGACUUCUACUCUCUACCACAUCUGGACCUCUGCAGAAGCCCCGAUCGGGGUCCUUGGACAAUGGCGAAAUACGCGAAGAAGCGAGAACUUGAGGACGAAGACUCCGGGCAAGAGCAGGUGGUUAAACCGUCAAAAAAGGCCAAGGCUUCGACCUCCACUCCCAGCGCCGCUGGAACGAAGAGCAAGGAUGCGGAGGGCAACCCAUUUUGGGAGCUCUCCGCGAAACGUCGUGUUACCGCCUCCAAGUUUAACAAGAUGCUCCUCAUCAACAUCAGAGAGUACUACGAUGCAGACGGCGAGCUGAAGCCGGGCAAGAAGGGCAUCUCGCUUUCGGUUGACCAAUACAAGGCCUUUCUCAAGGCAGUCCCUGGAAUCAAUGCCGAACUGCGGAAGGAAGGCCACGAAGUCGAUGAUCUCGAUGCAGGCGAAGAGUUGAAGGUUGCCAAGGCCAAGAAGUCGUCCCAGAAGGCCAAUAUCGAGGCUACGAGUGAUGAAGAAUCCGGGUGAAAGCCACGCCGGAAUGAUUUUUUCGAUUCUCAUUGUAAUGUUGCCACGAAUAUUCGCUUUUAACCUCGCCAGCUGGUUGCUUAUAUGAGGAGUACGAUAUCUCACGAUGAGGCAUCAGGCAGGAUCAGCCCUGUACAUACACGGAUGGGAUUAGUAGUACAUGUUACCACUUGCAUGGCGUCGAAGGAAUCGGCCUAGGUAUCUUUGGCGUUUCUCUGGGUUUGAGUCUGCACCGUUUCAGCAUUGGGCUUAGACGGAGGCGAUCCACCAAUUGCUCAAGAUGCGCGUAUCUCUCUAGAUGAAGAGGUAAAGGAGCUGACGCUGGAACGACGAUAGAUAUGUGGACUAAUACGGAGUACGUACCAUUAGAACAGGGCAGAAGAAUAGCCUACUGAGUAUGUCCUAGAAUGAAACAAGCACACACAUCACUGCGAAGUAGAUAGACCGAUCUAAUACAGAGGCGAUCACAGCU